AUGGCCUCCUACUUCGAGGAGCACGACUGCGAGCCAGGCUCCGGGCCGCCGGAGACGCUGCAUCGCCGGGCGCUGCUGGAGCUGGCUAGGUCUCUGUUCCACGGCCUGGAGCUCGACCUGGGCUCCCUGCAGGGCGGCGACUGGGCGCACCGGCUUCCUCCCCCGGCUGCCAAGCGGGUCGUCGAGGGCCUCCCGACCGUGCAAGUGACGCCGCUGCAGGCAGGGGCAGGGCUGAAGUGUCCUGUGUGCCUGCUAGAAUUUGAGGAGGAUGAGGUAGUCAGAAAGAUGCCCUGUGAGCACUUCUUCCACACAGACUGUAUUCUUCCGUGGCUUGGAAAGACCAACUCCUGUCCCCUCUGUCGUUAUGAGCUGCCUACUGAUGAUGAAACAUAUGAGGAGUUCAAACAGGACAAGAUGCGGAGGGAACAGCAGGCACACCGACUGGAGUACCUUCAUGGGGCGAUGUACACAUGACACAGCUAUUCCCCUUGAGCCCU